UACUUUGCUCGGUGAUUUCUUGCCAGUGAGAGGAGGCACUGCUAGACUAGCCGGUGCUGAUACCUUCGAGAGUAAACAAGAGAACACAAUGAACCACUGCAGUCAUGCACUGAACAAACUUCACGUCAAUACCUGCCCUAAUCUGUGAGGUCUGGGUACAGAACACAGAUGACUCACCAACUGAUAUUUUUAAAGAACGUAACCCUUCACCUCCCUCCGACAGAUUUGCACUGUUGCAGUAUGCCCAGACUCUGAACACGGCCAGACUGAGGCCACCCCUUCUGUUGACAUGUGGAACCCUAACCCAGGAGUACCAGGUGGGAUACCACCUCAGCAGCCUUAUCCUGGACAACAACCCGGACCAUAUCCUGGGCCAGGCAUGCAGCCAUAUCCAGCUCCUGGGUUUCCUCCCCAACCUCCUCCAUCCUAUGGGACCCAUCCACACGGACCGCAUCACCAUGGACAUCACCCACCUCCUGGACCACCUGGGAUGCUCCCUGGAGGACCUGGAGGUUAUCCGGUACCACCACAACCUGGUUGCCCCCCUCCAGGACAUCAUGGACACCACAAGAAGCACAAGCAUGGAAAACAUCAUGAACAUGGCAGCCAUCAUGGGCAUCAUGGGCAUCAUGGCAAGAAGCACUCGAGCAGUUCCAGUAGCAGUUCCGACUCAGACUGAAGGCGGCUUUCCCUACUGUCAGUGGCUCAACCUACCAACGUGAGAGGCUAUCAGUUAGGACUCCCUUGAAAUUCCCCCAUCUCUUUCCUUACGUUGUCCGUUUAUUCACAUGGGCCACAAAUGGCACCACAUUCCUCUGCAUUGUGUCACAGCCCUAGUAAGAGAUCACAGGUGUGGCAGUUUGCUGCCAACUGCAUGUAAGCAUUCAUCUUCUUAUUUUAUGCGAAUUUAGAAGUUUAGCUUGGCCCAGGAGCAUCUUGGAUGUGUGUGCUGGAAACUCUAGAACUCCGCAGCAAUAAACUGAUUUGCGCAAACAGA